AUGGGUUUGUUGCAACCCGUACCCCAAACCAGGCAAAACCUAGAGUCACCCUCCUACCGACCCGGUACUCGAUGUUCUUACCAUUCGGGAGUGGAAAGGCAUGACACUGAAGACAGUUGGACUCUCAAAAGGGCAAUCCAAAACUUAAUAGAGCAAAAGAGAGUAGUGCUGGAAGAUGAAGAAGUCCCCAAUGUGACCAACAACCCAUUGUCGGCCCACAACAACGGUCCAAUUAUUGGGAUGAUUUGUGAAGAUAAAGAGUUUGACCUAGCCCUGAAAGCCAUCAUUGCCAUAGCCGAUGUGGGAAAGAAGCCAAAGGCUGCCGCAAAGCAAGAUAAGGGGGAGAAAGAAGAGAAAGAACAAUUGGCAUUGAGUCCUCCUAAGAGGUUCGAGCUGAACAAGGGACCCAAGAUGUAUGUACCCAAAGGGACUUAUGUGGUGCGGGGACCAGUAAUUCCACCCAGGUUGAACGAGCCCGUGAUCAUUAGCCGCACACCACAAAGGCCUAUGAAAGACCCCACUACAAUCCCCUGGAACUACAACAGAGCAAUUGUGACAUACAAAGGGAAAGAAAUUGUAGGGGAAGUAAAUGAAACCAACCCAUCUAGGAAGUACCUUAAUCUGGAAGAAGUGAACAAUGCCAAACAAAAGUGCUUCCCACUCAAAAAACCUGUUAGUGCUGAAGAAGCAGAGGAGUUCUUCCAAAAAAUGAAAACUGUGGACUACGAGGUAAUUGACCGACUAUGGAAGUCUCCCACUCAGGUCUUGCUUUUGCCUCUACUUAUAAGCUCAACUAAGAAUCAGAAAGUGUUGAUAAAGACCCUCAAUGAAGCUUAUGUUCCGAUUGAAUCCACUGUCGAACAAUUGGAAAGGAUGACAGAAAGAUUCUUCGCAGUCAAUCAGAUUUCCUUUAGCAAGAAUGAUUUGCCCCCAGAAGGGGCCGCCCACAACAAAGCGCUCCAUUUGACCGUUAAAUGUGAGGGGUAUUAUGUGAAAAGAGUCAUGCUGGAUGGCGGAUCCAGAGUUGAUAUCUACCCACUCUCAACUUUGCAAAGAAUGGAGAUUGGGACUGAGAGAAUCCGGCCUAACAAUGUCUAUGUGUGUGCCUUUGAUGGCAUAAAGAGAGAUACCAUAGGCGAGAUUGAAUUGAUUUUGACUAUCGGUCCUGUGGAUUUCGAAGUGACAUUUCAGGUCAUGGACAUGGAUACUUCCUAUAAUUUUCUCUCAGGAAGGCCUUGGAUCCAUACUGCGGGAGCUGUACCUUCUUCCCUCCAUCAAAUGGUGAAGUUUGAACACGAAGAUCAGGAAAUUGUGGUUCAUGGACAAGCAGUCAAUUUACCAAGACCCGUCAAUCCCAUGUCUCGAAGCUAUGGAAGGUAG